AUGUCCAGUGUGUCAAUUUCUUUGAAUCAGCUGAUUUUUAUACCUUUAUAAUACUUACAAUACGUAUUUAUGAUGUGUUUCUCAACUGCCAGACACACACGUAUAUAACAACACUAUCCUUUAUGAAGCAUUUCCGACAUCAGAUGACAUUGACAUAACGGAAGGAACAUCCUCAAUAUCUACCAUGUUUUAAGGAAUAAAGGAAAUUAUUAUACAAGACAGAUGUAUAGCAUUGUUUCUAGAAAUCUGUGGAAGAAUUCCUGUGAAACAUUUCUGAACAUCACUGACUGAAGCAUGAAGAAGAGUGGUUCCUGUUCUGAUGAAACUUGGAUAAAUUUAUGUAAUUGCUGCUAGAGAAAGGUAACCCUGGACAGAAAUACAGCUGUAGUAGGAGCAUUAGUAAGGAAUAAAGUGUAAGAAGAAAGCAGGAAAAAUAUUUAAACUGGGAUUUGUGAGGAAAAAGAGUGGAAAUGAGUGAGAAAGGUAUAGAACUGAUUUCCUCUGAACCCAUGACGAAAGAGGGAAGGAAAUUGUCAUACGAGUGUGAUGUCUGUAAAAAGGUCUUUUCCCUAAAAUGUAAGCUAAUUUCUCACAAACGCAUUCAUACAAGAGAGAAACCGUUUCAUUGUGAGGUCUGUGGUAAAUCUUUCACUUACAGUAGUUACGUAAUUAGACACAAACGUAGUCAUACAGGGGAGAAGCCAUUUCAAUGUGAUAUCUGUGGUAAAUCAUUCUCUCGGAGUACUCACUUAACUAGACAUAAGUAUACCCAUACAGGCGAGAACGCAUGGAAGUGUGAUAUCUGUGGUAAAUCAUUCUCUCAAAAUAGUGACUUAAGGAUACACAAGCGUAUUCAUACAGGAGAGAAGCCAUAUCGCUGUGACAUCUGUGGUAAAUCAUUCUCUAACAGUAGUCACUUAACUAGACAUAAACGUAUUCAUACAGGGGAGAAGCCAUAUCAUUGUGAUAUGUGUGGUAAAUCAUUCUCUCAAAGUUUUCAAUUUACUUUACAUAAACGUGUUCAUACAGGAGAGAACCCAUAUCCUUGUGAUAUCUGUGGUAAAUCAUUCUCUGGUAAUUCAUCGUUAGUUACUCACAAACGUAUUCAUACAGGGGAGAAGCCAUUUCAAUGUGAUAUCUGUGGUAAAUCAUUCUCUCGGAGUACUCACUUAACUAGACAUAAGUAUACCCAUACAGGCGAGAACGCAUGGAAGUGUGAUAUCUGUGGUAAAUCAUUCUCUCAAAAUAGUGACUUAAGGAUACACAUACGUACUCAUACAGGAGAGAAACCGUAUCAUUGUGACAUCUGUGGAAAGUCAUUCUCUGACAAUAGUGCCUUGUUAACUGAUCACAAACGUAUUCAUACAGGAGAGAAACCGUAUCAUUGUGAUAUCUGUGGUAAAUCAUUCUCUCAGAGGAGUAACCUAACUUCACACAGACGUAUUCAUAUGGGAGAAACACCAUAUCAUUGUGAUAUUUGUGGUAAAUCAUUCUCUCAAAGUUAUUCCUUAACAUAUCACAAACGUAUUCAUACAGGGGAGAAGCCAUAUCACUGUGACAUCUGUGGUAAAUCAUUCUCUAAAAGUGAACCCUUAAGAAAUCACAAGCGUAUUCAUACAGGAGAGAAGCCAUAUCGCUGUGACAUCUGUGGUAAAUCAUUCUCUAACAGUAGUCACUUAACUAGACAUAAACGUAUUCAUACAGGGGAGAAGCCAUAUAAGUGUGAUAUCUGUGGUAAAUCAUUCUCUCAAAAUAGUGACUUAAGGAUACACAAGCGUAUUCAUACAGGAGAGAAGCCAUAUCGCUGUGACAUCUGUGGUAAAUCAUUCUCUAACAGUAGUCACUUAACUAGACAUAAACGUAUUCAUACAGGGGAGAAGCCAUAUAAGUGUGAUAUCUGUGGUAAAUCAUUCUCUCAAAAUAGUGACUUAAGGAUACACAAGCGUAUUCAUACAGGAGAGAAGCCAUAUCGCUGUGACAUCUGUGGUAAAUCAUUCUCUAACAGUAGUCACUUAACUAGACAUAAACGUAUUCAUACAGGGGAGAAGCCAUAUAAGUGUGAUAUCUGUGGUAAAUCAUUCUCUCAAAAUAGUGACUUAAGGAUACACAAGCGUAUUCAUACAGGAGAGAAGCCAUAUCGCUGUGACAUCUGUGGUAAAUCAUUCUCUAACAGUAGUCACUUAACUAGACAUAAACGUAUUCAUACAGGGGAGAAGCCAUAUAAGUGUGAUAUCUGUGGUAAAUCAUUCUCUCAAAAUAGUGACUUAAGGAUACACAAGCGUAUUCAUACAGGAGAGAAGCCAUAUCGCUGUGACAUCUGUGGUAAAUCAUUCUCUAACAGUAGUCACUUAACUAGACAUAAACGUAUUCAUACAGGGGAGAAACCAUAUCACUGUGAUAUCUGUGGUAAAUCAUUCCCUCACAGUAGUCAGUUAUCUACACACUACCAUACUCAUACAGGAGAGAAACCGUAUCAUUGUGAUAUCUGUGGUAAAUCAUUCUUUAACAGUAGUUGCUUGUCUACACACAGACGUAUUCAUACAGGGGAGAAACCAUAUCACUGUGAUGUCUGUGGCAAAUCGUUCUCUGAUAGUAGUAAAUUAACUGCCCACAGACGUAUUCAUUCAGGAGAGAAACCAUAUCACUGUGAUAUCUGUGGUAAAUCAUUCUCUGAUAGCAAUGCUUUACCUAGACAUAAACGUAUUCAUACAGGGGAGAAACCAUAUCAUUGUGAUAUCUGUGGUAAAUCAUUCUCUCAGAGUAGUCACUUAGCUGCUCACAUACGUAUUCAUACAGGAGAGAAACCACAUCAUUGUGAUAUCUGUGGUAAAUCAUUCUCUGUAAAUAGUUUGGUGACUAGACACAAACGUAUUCAUACAGGAGAGAAACCAUAUCACUGUAUUGUCUGUGGUCAAUCAUUCUCUAACAGAAGUCAGUUAACUAAUCACAAACAUAUUCAUACUGGAGAGAAAGGAAGAGUGUAAUUCUACAGUUUCUUGUUUGCUAUAUAUUUUUAAUAUUCCUGUGUUUUAUGCAAUGGAGUAAUAACUCUAAAAGCAUUUCCAAAAUUUUAGAUUUUUGCUUUUGCAAUUUUUACCUCGCCCUCUUUCCAUGAUCACUCAUCCAUUUUCCUUUCCAUAAUGUAAGGACUUCUGUACCAAAACACUUCCUCCUCCUGACGACCCUACAUAUUACUCUUUAUUGAAUAUCGCAUAACCUAAUUACAGUGUAUUUAUUGUUUAUUAUCUUUUAAAUGCUUCACUCAUUAAAUAUAUUAUACAAUAACAUUUGUUAUGACUUUUUCAUACGCAGGAAUAUUGUAAAGUUGUCAUAUAUGUACAU